UCGUAUCAGUGGAACGAGCAGUGAGCGGAGGUCUCGCGAUGGCGGAUCACGAAUGGGGAUACACCGGCGAGAACGGUCCAGCAACAUGGAUAGAGAAGUUCCCAGAGGCGCGGGGGGCGCGGCAGAGCCCCGUGGACAUCGACACGUCGCUGGCCAGCUCGAGUGGCAGCGCGCCGCCGCUCGUCUGGCAGUACUCAGUCAACCACACGCGCUCCGUUGUCAACCCUGGCUACUGCUGGCGGGUCGACGAGAACGGAUAUGAUUCAGAGUUACGAGGAGGUCCUCUGGGAGGAGAUGUGUACAAACUGCAGCAGUGGCACUGCCACUGGGGCGCGGCGGACGGCGAAGGCUCCGAGCACACAGUUGACGGCCGUGCAUUCUCCGGCGAGUUGCACCUCGUGCACUGGAACACCUCCAAGUACCGCAGCUUCGCCGAGGCUGCUGGACAACCUGACGGGCUCGCCGUACUAGGAGUCUUAUUGAUGGUGGGUUCAAAACACGAUGAGCUGGAGAAGGUGGUGCGUCUGUUGCCGUUCAUCCAGCACAAGGGCGACAAAGUGACAAUGUCGGAGCCGCUGGACCCGGCGCGGCUGCUGCCCUCUCGCGCCGCCUACUGGACCUACCCCGGCUCGCUGACGACACCGCCCUGCACGGAGUCCGUUACAUGGAUACUCUUCAAAGACCCCAUACAAGUUUCCGGAGAACAGUUGGCAUUAAUGCGAAAGCUACGUUGCGGCGAGGCGUCAUGCGGCGUUGAAGCUAUGGAACUGCUGCACAACUAUCGCCCCACGCUGCCCCUCGGCAACCGAGAGCUGCGCGACUACGGUGGCAACUAACAUCUUACACUUUACAAUGUAGUCACGGACUACACAACUACAAUGGCAACUGACAUCGUACGCCAAGUCAUAAAAUGACUACAGCAGCAAGUAAUUGCACACCAGGUUAGGCGAAAAAUCAAUAUCCUGACUUAACUCCAUUUGCCACACGAACAACGGAAGAACCAAAUUACGACCGACGUAAAUCUCCGUAUACGCGAUUGUAGAACUAGCAAAUUCCGGUAUUUUGGCAAUCGUGGACUACACAACUUCAGAACCAAAUCUCGGCAUUACAAGUUAUCUGUCGCCCAAAAUUAACAUCUUAUAUAGUCGAUAACUAUCCAAUCGUGGCUUCGUGGACAACAAAACGUCUAUUUUGCUGCUCAGUCAUAAUUUUAACUUUAACAUCAUAGUACAUAAUAUUUAGCAUGCAUUUCUAUUUAUAUCCAGACAGCUCAUUAUUUUAAGAAAGAUAUCUUUAAUCCUUAAUAAUAAUAAUCUAGAAUAUUCCACUGACUAUCGAACAACUUUAAUUUUAAAUCGGUUGUUUUAAGCGUCUUUGUGAUUAGUGAGAAAUCACCGUAUUUCACAAUAACCGAAUUAAUAUAAGAAAAUAUACAGCUAUACUUUUAUUGAGACACCUUAUGUAUAAGAAAGUGUAAUGUUAAGUUAGUAAAUAAGUCUUACCGCAUUUAGAGUAAUUUAAUGGUUACUUUAGCAGCCCCUUCAACACUAAGGGGAAUCCCAUAGCGACCAUUAAUCGACUCUAAUGUGGCAUUUAAUAAUAAAUAGUAAUCAAGUGCCUUGUGGCUAUAAGAAUAUAGUACUCGUUAGUGUUAAUACAAACUCGUGCGAAUCUCCUUUAGAUGUAAGUACGAGAAAUUUUACUUGUGUCGUCUGAUAUUUUAAAUAAGACAAGUGUAUCUUAUUGUAUUGUUUACGUGUUUUUGAAGUGUAUUGUUAAACUCGAAUCAAUAACUGUUAAUGUUUUGAAGUGGAAAUUAAAAUAAUCGAACAAUUUUUGGUUGUUGGUGGACGCAUUGUAAACAUUUUAUUUUGUAUCUUCGAAUAUCUUUUAAUAUUCGAAUAUAAGUUUCAUAAUCUUUGUACCACGGCGUGCCUACAAAUGUAACAGUUAUGUUAACUGUUCUUUAUAAAUCAUGUUGAGAUAUAAAAAUAUAUGGAAUAAGCAUGUUCACAA